AAUAGCGAGGGAAGCAAAUUCAAUUCAAUUAUUGGGAGAAAAAACCCACUUUUUGUUUUGAUUUAAAGAUUAAAAAGAUCGACUCUUUUUGUGUUUUUAAAGCAAACCCUAAUUUUUGUUUGUUUGAAUUGUAAUUGAAAAGAUGGGAUUAUGGGAAGCUCUUCUCAAUUGGCUUAGAAGUCUGUUUUUCAAGCAAGAGAUGGAGUUAUCUCUGAUUGGACUACAGAAUGCCGGGAAAACAUCACUUGUAAAUGUAGUUGCGACCGGUGGCUAUAGUGAAGACAUGAUUCCUACGGUAGGAUUUAAUAUGAGGAAGGUAACAAAAGGGAACGUCACGAUAAAAUUGUGGGAUCUUGGAGGUCAACCAAGGUUUCGCAGUAUGUGGGAGAGAUACUGCCGUGCUGUUUCAGCUAUCGUAUAUGUCGUUGAUGCAGCUGAUUCCGACAACUUAUCCGUCUCAAAAAGUGAACUUCAUGACCUUUUGAGUAAGUCGUCUCUAAAUGGUAUUCCCUUGCUCGUACUGGGGAACAAGAUUGACAAGCCGGGAGCUUUAUCUAAAGAAAAUUUUACAGAUCAAAUGGGGCUCAAGUCGAUUACUGACAGAGAAGUUUGCUGUUUCAUGGUCUCGUGCAAGAACUCGACCAACAUUGAUACGGUUAUUGAUUGGCUCGUAAAGCAUUCGAAAUCAAAGAAUUGAAUUUCAUUACUUGUACUUUUUAUCGAUGAUUAUAACAAUUUUAAGGGGCGAAAUUUGAGUUCGAUUGAAGUGGCAUUCGACUAUGUCUAACUGGUUUAUUAACCGUCUGACCGUUGUCUUUUACAUUCUGUGCAUGGUUCCCAUUAUGUAUUAUUUGGGUUGGCAAAACUAGUUUGAUUUCUAUGUACAGAUUAUUGAUUUGUGA